CCUGUUCAUUGAUCUCAAUGCUUUUUCUGAUAAUAUAAAAUUUAUGUUAAUACAAAUUAAACAGAUUAUUAUCAUGAAUAACAAAAUGACUUUUUCCUGGACACGAUUUUUUUUCGUGGGAAUUGUCGUUGUUUCCGUUGAGUCGUUAGCUACUGGAUUAUUGGAAGAUGUUGCUAAAGCCGAUCAAAUUAUGCGACCUAAAGCCAAGCGAACGCAAGAAAUAUUGAUGUUUGGAAAUCAGCAGAACCGACGAGUUGACAAUACAGCAGCGUCUACUUCGCACAACACGAAUGUUGAAAAAAGAACUUUGGGAACAUCAGGAUUUGAAGAUGUAAAAGCAGCUUUAUCGGAUGAAGAGGGAUUUAGUGACUACAAACAACCGUUGAACCCGAUGUAUGAACGUGACAGUCUUUCACCUUACGAAAAAAGUUAUCUGUACGGUAAAGUAAUGAUGAAUGAGGUCAACGAUGAUUUACCAAGAAACUGGGAAAUUCCAGCGUACCCACGUUACUUUACCUACAGCGAAGACCGUCGUAAAAGAUCUGAGAAAGCCGGAAGUAAUAAUAAUAAUUCCAGUCCUACAUCUACAGCCCGCCCAACCCAAUCAACUUCAUCACCAUCAGCGACAACCGUUUCUCCACCACCCGCUACCACCCGGAGUACUCAACGUACCAGUUUAAUUCAAGCAAAACGAAGCCCACCUGCUUACCCAGAACUAAGAUACAAACGAGCUCUCGACCGUGAAGAUCUUUUAGCCUUGCUCUCCCUCUGGGAAAACAGCUCUCGUAACAGAAACUGGAGAAACUACGGCAGUGACGAGUACGAAAACAUAGACGACGACGCUGGUGCAUGGCUAGAAGGACCCAUUUAUUCUCCACAUCACUUUAAUCUUAACUCAGAUGUUGUACCGUCGGAAAUUGGAAUCCCGAGAACACAUCCAGUUAAUCCUUAUGAGCAGUAUAACACUCAGUAUGUACCUCCUUAUGAGAAUGCACAAUAUGGUGCAGCUCAAUAUGGUUCACUUUAUCCUCAGCACACUUACUACCCAUCGGAAAAGAGGUUUAUAGUUUCACGGAAACGUUCUCAGGGAUAUGAUUCUUACGCCGGUCGAAAUCUCAAUGACAUUGUGAGCUUUUCGCAGAUGAUGAAUUCACAACCCCAAGGAUACCUCUAUCCACAACGCAUUCUAUAU